GGGCGGAGCGGGAGGUGAACGGCCGGCGGCCCUCGGCGGGGCCCGGGGCUGCGCGGGGCGGCGCGGCCGCCAGAUGGCGAUCGUCAGAUCAAUGUCAAAGCCGCCGGCCGAGGGGAGCAGCCCGGCGGAAUCUUGGCCUUUGUUCACUUCGCGGCCGCACGCUCAAUUAGCGCGAGGGACCCGGCGGAGGUCGGGCCGCGGGGCUCCGGCGUGGGCAAUGCGCGGAGACAGCGGCCUUUAAAACCGUGCUCCUGGGGAGCUGUUGCAAGCCUAGUUAAAAGCACAUGUUGAGCCGGCAGAGAGCAUUUCUCAGAUGAUUAUCGGAACCUAUCGAUUUCAUCAAAGAUGCUCCAUUAAAAGCUCGGGACCCGAUCUCUCCUGACCUCCCCUCGGAAACGUCGGGCCCUUAAGAAGUCACGUCCCGAGGAGGAGCGGGGCAGUGGCUGAGGGUCCCUUUGCAACGUUUCAUUUUACACCAGCCGAGUUAAACUCAGCAUAUUUGAUCAAAUAUUUAUUUUUCCCCUUGUUGUUUCCCUGCUCCAUUCAAUACUCCGCUGAAUAAAUCAAAGGGACCCCAGCAGCAGUUAAAGCGCCCUCUGGUUACGAAUUGUUUACUGACGGCCGCGGUCAUAGGAUAAUAUUUAAAAAAAACAAGCUCGUUUCUUACAAUAACUGUUUAUUAUUUCACAUGAUUUGGGUUUGCGUGUUUCGGAGGGAAGAGGCGAAGCCAACUCAGUGUCUACACUGUGUUUAAUUAAUCGUGUACUCGACUUCAGUGCGCAUACCACAUCCAAACCCCUGGGAGGCUUUUUCAUGAGCUCUUUGGGUUUGUGUUUUGUUGUCGUCUUCUAUUUGUGUGUGUGUGUGUGUAUGUCAUAAUCUUCUCAUUAAACGCUCCGAAUCGAAGCGUCGGGCCAACGUGUGCGUUUGUGAGCGCUGCACCGCAAGCAGAUAUCCGUGUGCGCACCCACAUCUUACGGGCAGCUACAAAAAGGGGAGAGGGGAUACAGUUUCAAACGCUCCGUACAGCUGCGCGGCCCAUCUCUCUCACUAAAAAGGCUGCACUUAAAAGAGGCGGAUUUGUAUGUUUACGGUUCUACCGACGGCCGCAUAACCCGAUACCGCUGUUACUUCCGCGCGGUGCUGGGGCUCAGCGGACAAUGGGACCCCCUCGUUCCGAACGGGGCCGGGGAACGGCGAUGGGAUGGAGCCGGAAUGAAUCGGUCGGGACGCGUUUUGUUCCGCCGCACGCCAGAAUUCGGAGCUCGUCAGACUCACUCGCAAAAUAUGUUCCUAAUCCAAACGAGUAAACCGAUCCGCGCAGCCUCCGAAAUAUAUUUAGGAGAACGAGCCCCCGGAUGGCGGAAUAAAAUUAAAUCGCGCCCGAAUUUUUUAGCAGCGUAAUCCGCCACAACAAGCCAAGCCUCCCCCCCCUCCCCUCCGCCCACCCCAACCCUCAGCGUGAAAGUAUUUCUAGGCAAGAUAAAAUUAGUGGGGCCGUCAUUUGUCACCUAACUUGGCACGGCCGCGGUUCCUAAACCUCCUGUUUGAAAUCCGCCUUCUUUGGAGCAAUUCCAGCAAAAAGAGGGGAAAGCGGGGGGGGGGGGGUUAAAUAAAUAAAUAAAGGAGGAAUGUGGCGCGCACACACACGCACGCUCCUGCCGACUGACAGUUCCAAUAUGAAAGAACGAGACCCUGCUCGCAUUAAUUUGGGGAUAGGCGCACGACGCGCUGCGCGGCUCCCUCCUCAGCCAGGCGGCGCAUGCAGUCCGCGGCGAGCUGCGAGGCCCUCCGCCUUCCCGCACGUCGCACUUUUCCCCGCGCCUCCAAAUAAAAACAUAUUUUAAUUAGCUCGCAAAACGGCUCUCCGGAUUAACGGCGCUGAUCUUUGGCUUUAUACGGGCUAAUAAUAAAAAAAGAUAAAUCACGGUUUAACGUGACGCGUUUUGAAAUUUCCAGUCGGGAGUUCGCCGGGGCUGAGCUGUCGGGUUUUAUUUAUUCCCUUUUUGUUUUUAAUUUUAGGCCAGCCAAUAAAACGGCUUAACGACGCUAUUAAUGCAUCUAUUAUAUUUUUCGCAGAUCAAUAAAGUUUUAUUUUGAUAGCGUUGUCUACGCACGCCGCGAAUUCAGAUUCUCCGCGAAAUCAGCCGCUCGCCGGCUUUGAUAUUUAUCAGACUUUUAUUUGCUCGGUUUUAUGGACCUCGGGACGGCUUUCCUUGCGGAAGCGGAAUUAGAAAGAAAGCGUUUCUCGUCCCCCGGCGUCCACAAUAUUCCUUAAAAUUUCUUUUAAACGGAGGUUAAGCUCCCGGGGACACACCGUUAAGCGCUGGCAACGCGGUAGCUACACCCAACGCGUGCCAAAUUAGCUCAGUUUAGUCGGAAUUGACCAUUAUCUUUUAUAGUUAAGAACCAAGCGCGCGUUAUUAGUUUUACUUCAGUGGGUUUGAUGAUGCCGGUUACUAUUUGCCUUGGCCUUGUUAGCGAUUAAAGAAAGCGGAGAUAAUGCGGCUCCGAGCGGAGUUCACGAUCGAGGCGGAGGUGCCCCGGCCGCCACCCGGCGCGGCGCUGCGGACCCAACGAGCGGCCCCGACCGGCGCUCCCGACGGCAGAUCCCGCACGACCGGACCGCUGCCUUCGGACAGAGGCACCGAAGGCCGAGCCCCGACCCCUGCGCCGUCGAAGCCACGGGGAGGAAGAAGAGAGAGGCUAAAACUCAAGUGUUCUUCUUCCGAAUCGCCUCUGUCCUCCGCGCCUUUUGUCUGAUGUAGUCUGCGUUAGCUCUCGAGGAGGUGGAAGCAGCCAACUCGCAUUUUGUGCCCUUUUUAUUCAGGAGGAUCGCAGAGCUCUUUUACGGGCCUCUCCCCGCUUUAAUCCGAUUUUUUAAAGGGAGCCGCUAGUUUUAAAAACAGCUUUGGAAGGAUUUCAAGUGUUACUCCUCGAUUCCGUACGGUUUUUAGGUUUGCAGUCCAUUCCUAUUUAAUUUGGCAAAUGCAAAACAAACAUACCGCAAGAGCGGACUUCCCCGGAGUAAUUUUUAUACCUGACUUGUGCAGAGAAAUGUAUUGGGAGCGUGGAGCUGGGGCUCACGUUUCACUUUAUUUAGAUCUGCAUUUAUAACGCUAAGCCUAUUGAUAAUAGCCUUCCUCUAUAGGAACCAAUAAAAUGGUUCCUUGCACGGUAUUAAUUUUGUUAGCGGUGAUACGGCCCUCAUAGGAAUCUGAUAAGGGUUUGUCCAUCACGCGUUAACACGUCUCGCAUUUGGGGAGCACAAACGGUAUUAGGGGAGGAAACGUGGGGACAACCUCGGAGAGUUUCUGCAGGCUGUCGGGCCCCCUCCUAUCCCCCAUCCGACAGGCGGUCCCGCUCGGCACUCAAGGGUAAGCUCGAGAACGCUGGGAAUAUAGGGCGCCUUUCCAUCAAGGUUUUAUGGCGACUGUGAAGUUGUAACGACCUCUCCCUGCCGCAGCCUUCCAGUUGACGAGGACGGAGCCUCGGGAGGGCCCCAGCAGCGCGGCUUGCUCGCUCGUGUCCCGUUGCCCCAGAACUACCGGUCCGGAGCAAUGGCAAAAGUGGGGAGGAAAAAAAAAAAAAAAGGAUAAAAUAAUCAUUUCCCUCUCAUAGGCGACCGCUCGCCCCGGAGACCACGUGAGGCGUGUCAGAGCCGGGGGCGGGGGGCAGCGCUUCCCGUGGGCCCUCCGGGGCUCUCUGAACGCCAAGGGUAGGGCCGGGACGCGGCACUCCGCACGGCUCCGGCGGGGGCAGCGGGCAGAGCCGCGGCAUCUCGCCCGGCCCCCGGGAGCGGGGCCGCCGGCUGUGCUUCCCCGGGAGAAGGUGCCCGCGGGGGCGAGGAGCGAGCUCUGCUGCUCUCGGGUGGGCUGCGAGAGCUGGGAAGCCUCGAGUAGCCCCAGGCUCCGCUCGGGCUGGAGAAGCCUUAAUUCCUCCGGCCAGGCAGGCAGGCGACUUCAAAAUGGCCUAAGCGAAAGAUGAUGGAAGUGAAAGCAAGCGAUCAUUAAGCGAUUCAUUAGAAAAUCUAUGUGUCUCUCUGUCUGCGUGCCUGUCUGUCUGCUAUCUGUCUGCUCCCUCCGCCACAAUUACAAAUUGGCAGGACAGAGCUGUCUCCUAUCUCAGGAUUCAUCUGCGUAUCCUUCUCUCUAUCAUUUAAUGCAGCGCUUGCGACAGAGACGGUGCUUCUGGAGAGAAGAGUGAAUGACCCAAAAGAAGGGGGGUGGGGGCGGGGGGGAAAUAAAAGCGAUCGCCCAAAUAUAAACACGCCAAUAAACAGGGUGCGCAGCAUCGUGCGAGCAUCCAUCUGAGCCGCUCACGUCUGGAUUCUUUCUGCGGCAUAUGUCUGGCUUUGGAUUUUAAAUGGCAAUCAGAGCUCGGGAAGAAUCCAGCGUUAACUACAGCAUUAGAAGCUGCAACCGCACAAUUAAUCCUCCUGAAGUGGCACUGCUCCCUCCGAGAUUCCUAAGCGCAGCAGAGCCAGCUCUUUAUCUCUAGGAAAUGGAAGCUGGGGGAGAUGUGGGGCUGGAAGGGCUCCCUCCCUCCUCGGGUCUCGAACGCAGGAGACACCAGGGCCCUUUACGGUUCCCAACGAUCUGUGAUAAACAAUAACACGACUAUUAUUUCUCGGGGAAAAAAAAAAAAAACUCAAACACCCGAGACAAUCAAAUAAAACGAGCAGAGCCCGGGCAUAAAACACAGGGAGAGCCGCGGCUUUAUUAAUUUCGUGACACACACACGGGCUGCUCGGGGAGGUGAGCACGCAUCGCUUCCGGAGAGCCCGACCGCGGGGAGAGAGGAGCGAUAAUAAAAGCUUCAUCUGGCCGCGGCCGCAGCCGGGGUGUCAUAAACACCGCCGCGCCGAGCGGUGCGUGGGGCAGAGCGGAGGGAGCCGGGAGCCGCCGCCUGCCCCGCUCCGGCCCUGCCCCGCCACGCCGCUCCGCACGUGUGCGUGUGGCUGGAAAUCCAUAUCGCGCAUUAAUAUCCAUCCAUAUCCCAAAUUCAGAGGUCGACCUGAGAGCAGCUCGGUGCAUACGAAACCAGACGGGGAGGGGUUGCUGGGGAGGCCCGGGCUUCCAUUGGCUGCAAGCGUUCGCCGCGGUGCGGGGGUAUCUCUAAUCAUAUUCAGCAUGUUUUGCACAAGAAAUGUCAGCCAGGAAGGGCUAUCCGCUCCCUUCGCCAAAUUAUUCCACGACAAUGUCAUGCUCCGAGAGCCCGGCUGCAAACUCUUUCCUGGUGGACUCGUUGAUCAGCGCGGGCAGAGGGGACGCGGCGGCAGCGGGAGGCGGAGGCGGAGGAGGAGGCGGCUACUACCCGGGCAGCGGGCUCUACCUGCCACAGGCGUCCGAGCUGUCCUACGGGCUGCAGGGCUGCGGACUGUUCCCCGUCCUGGGCAAACGCAAUGAAGGUACUUCGCAAAGCAUGGUCCCCAGCACGCACCCCUACGUGUCGGGGAUGGAAGUGUGGCUAGACCCGCCCCGCUCCUGUCGCAUGGAAGAGCCGGAGAGCCAGCAGGCCACCUCGUGCUCCUUCGCUCAAAACAUUAAGGAGGAGAGCUCCUACUGCCUCUAUGACUCAGAGAAGUGCCCCAAGGGCUCGGCCGCCGCCGACCUCGCUCCCUUCCCGCGGCUGAGCGCCGAGGUCAGCCCCUCCGCCAACGGCACCGGGGUGCCGGUCCCGGGCUACUUCCGCCUCUCCCAGGCUUACGGCACCUCCAAGGGCUACGGCGCGGGGCCGGCCGGGACGGCCCCCUUCGCUCCGCAGCCUCCCGGCCGCUUCCAGCCGCCGCCGUCGGGGCCGCCCGUGCCGGAGGCGGGCAGGAGGGAGGACGAGGAGCGCUCCCCCAGCCCCUCGGCGUGCGGCUCCCAGCGGGAGGACGAGACCCGCGCUUCGUCGUCCACCGCCGAGGAGCUCUCCCCCGCGCCGUCGGAGGGCAGCAAGGCCUCUCCCGAGAAGGAGCCCGUAGGCAAUUCAAAAGGAGAAAAUGCAGCAAACUGGCUAACCGCAAAAAGUGGCCGAAAGAAACGGUGCCCCUAUACCAAGCAUCAAACUCUCGAGCUGGAAAAGGAGUUUCUGUUCAAUAUGUACCUGACUCGUGAGCGUCGCCUAGAGAUCAGCCGCACAGUCCACCUCACAGACAGACAAGUUAAAAUCUGGUUUCAGAACCGCAGAAUGAAACUGAAGAAAAUGAACAGAGAGAAUAGGAUUCGGGAGCUCACAGCCAACUUUAAUUUCUCUUGAUGAACCUAUAAACACAUCUUGAUGGUUUAAAGAGCCAGUAUCAUUUUCCUAGGCUGUAGUCAUCCGCACCUGUACGGAUUAACGAUUUUAGACGUUCUCAGUAUGUCCUUAAACUCUUAAUAGCUGCUUCGGGGCUGCGGGGGGAGCGGAAGAGAGCCACGCUAACGCUGAGGGCCAUGUGUGAGCCUCCUCGGUUCCUGCAGCCUUUCCCGGGCCCGCUUCGCUCUUUCAAGCUUUGAAAACCCAGAAAUAGGAUUUCAGGAGCCGCAAAUAUUCCAUCCAUCCCCCCCCCAUCCCCCCCCUUUCCCUCCCCCGUGUCUCUCCGAAAAGUAAACGAGCUCGGUUAAAGGCGCAUUCUUUUAAAAUAUAGGCGGUGUAACUCGGACUGUGAGCAGCUUCGGAAUGAAUCAUUUAAGCCGUGCCAUACUUCUAUAUAUUGGGAGCUCAGCUUUUUCCCCCCCUCUGUUUUCCUUGUCUCCCCCCUCCCCCUUUAUCCUUCCCGAAGCAGGACUCGCAAUAAUGAAAUGCAGGCAUCCUUUAAAAGGGCUUCAUGGGAACCGGUGUUAAGAGCCAUUUUUUUGUUCUUUACCUUGAAAGUCAAUAUGACGGCUUUGAAAUUGGCCAGGAAAAUGAAAUCUCUUCUCUUUAAAGAUAUAUAUAUAUAUAUAUAUAUAUAUAUGUAUUCGUCUCGCUCAUGGACUAAAUGAUGACACUUACCUCUGAAUUUCUCUCUCUCUUUCUGGUUGUAGAUAUUUACGUAACGUAGUUUUGCUUAAAGAUGUGGAAUUAGUGAUUUUUUGUUGUUGUUGGUCGAUUAAUAGCGUUACCGUUGGUAACACGGGAUAAGCACACAACGGUUCCCCCUUGAGAAAAAAAAAACAAUAAAAGGCCGUCACUUUUUCCUCACUAAUUUCACUGAAAAGUGUACAUCCUGAACAUCAAAAGGACUUUCUGAGCCAGAGCCUGAGAUAGCGAGGGAGGGUUUGUCCGUCUUCCUUUAUACUGUGAAGUUACGUGCAUCAAAGGGUGAAACGUAUAGGUGAAAAAGAGUAGACAGAGAUUUUAAAAAGAAGAAAGAAAGAAGGGGAAAAGCUAUAAAUACAGAUAUGUAUAAAUGUCUAUUAUUAUUAAAACGCCGAUACCGUUUUAAGCAAAUGCAUUCUAUCGUUAUUAUAAAUGUUAGUUCUAGCUAUAUCUAGUUCUUACCUUAAAUCGGAAUAAAUUAAUACUGUAAUGCUGCUGUGCGUGAAAAAGACGAUGUUUAUGUUCUCAUAGAAGAAUAAAAGACGUGGAAUGAA